AUGGAAGAAGUGUCAGAAGUGGAGGACAUCAUCUAUUAUGAUGAAGACGAAGAAUCAACAGAUGAGGUAGAAUCUGAGGAAGAGGACCCAGCUGAGAUGGAAGAAUAUUUCCAGUCAAAGGAUGAAACAUUGAUCUGGUCUUCCAUCCCUCCCAGUGACCGACGACGCAUGUUGACAGCAGAGAGAGAUACAAGCCACCAUGGUCCAACUGCAUAUGCAAGGUCUCGGAUUGAUGACAUAAAGUCCACUUUUGACCUGUUUCUGCCAAAGCCUAUUGAAGACGCAGUGCUGAGCAUGACAAACAAGGAGGGGCAACGCGUUUAUGGCAACAAGUGGAGAAAGAUGGAUCAAAUGGAUUUGCAGGCAUAUGUGGGUGUGUUGAUUCUUGCUGGCGUGUACCGAUCUAGUAAGGAAGCUACAUCUAGUUUAUGGCAUGCCGAGUCUGGUAGGACAAUUUUCCGUGCUACCAUGACACUCAAGAUGUUUCAUAAAAUCUCAAGAGUGAUUAGAUUUGAUGAUAAAGCCACAAGAGAAAAUCGCCGUGCACGAGACAAACUUGCUCCCAUUCGAGAUGUAUGGGACAAGUGGGUGUCUCUCCUGCCGUUGAUGUACGAUCCAGGUACUGAUGUGACUGUGGAUGAGCGCCUGGUCCCCUUCAGAGGUCGCUGUCCAUUCAAACAGUACAUCCCGAGUAAACCAGGGAAAUAUGGGAUAAAAAUAUGGGUAGCAUGCGAUGCCAGGUCUAGCUAUGCAUGGAACAUGCAGGUAUACACUGGCAAACCGGCUGGUGCGCAGUCAGAAAAAAAUCAGGGCAUGAGAGUUGUCCUUGACAUGACAGAAGGUCUCCGGGGGAAAACAAUCACCUGUGACAACUUUUUUACUUCACAUGCUCUUGGCUUGCAGCUGCUGAAAAGAAAGCUGUACAUGGUGGGAACAGUACGGAGGAAUAAGCCUGAGCUUCCCCCUGCUCUGGUGUCAAAAAAGGACCGGGCACGGUUCUCACCGAAGUUUGCCUUCACCGAGACCCAUGCUCUAGUGUCAUAUCACCCCAAAAAACAGAAAAAUGUUCUUCUGAUGAGCACUCUGCAUCGGGAUGCUGCUGUGAGCAACAGGGAUGACAAAAGGCCCAAAAUCAUUGAAGAUUACAAUCACAACAAAGGUGGUGUUGAUAUCCUUGACAAAGUUACCAGUGUGUACACGUGCAAAAGAAUGACAGCCCGUUGGCCACUCGUUGUCUUCUACAACAUUCUCGACGUGUCUGCAUACAACUAUUUUGUCCUAUGGUCUGAAAUCAAGCCAGCCUGGAAUCAGGGAAAGUACAACAAGAGAAGGCUCUUCAUGGAGGAGCUUGGGCGACAACUGGUGAUACCUCACAUCAAGCGACGCAAGGUUAUUCCCCGCACGUCAGCCGCUGUCAAAUUGGUUAAGAAGAUCCAGCAGGUCUCCUCCAGCUCUACCUCUGCAGCAGCUCCCCCCUCUCCCAGUUCCCUCAUGCCGACCAGCCCUUCCUCGCCCAUUACCCAAAAGGAGUAGGUGCAAAUUCUGCCCUCGCCGAAGUGAUUUCAAAACAUCCAAAAUGUGCCAAAAAUGCAAUGCAUACAUCUGCAAAGAUCACGCCAUUACUACCUGCCUCGCAUGCAACUGAGGGCUCAUUCAGACUAAAAAGUUAGGUUUUGAAGUUGAAAAUGUUUUGGAAAUGAAUUAUAACAUGUGUUAUAUGUCAGGUAAUAGGUUGGAAUAAAGUUGACUGAAAAGUUGAAACAGAGAAGUGAUUGUAAAUGUAUACUGUAUGCUUUAUAAACAGUCAAACCAGGCGGGGUCAUUUUUGACCCCAGAGGACAAAAGGUGUGAU